AUGUUCUUUGACAUUGGCUCAAGCAGUGAAUCAAUUCAGGCCAGAGCUUCACUGCUUGUAUUUGUUGUUACAUUCCUUACCUUCAUUACUGUUGGUGCAUUCCCUUAUUUUGUGGAAGAUAUGAAGGUGUUUGAAAGAAAAAGACCGAAUGGACAUUAUGGGGUAACUGCAUACACCAUUGGCAACACAUUAUCUUCAGUUCCAUUCUUGCUAUUGAUGUCACUGAUCCCUGGAGCAGUGGUUUAUUACCUAGUUGGACUUCACCAAGGACACCAAGAAUUCAUCUACUUUACAUCUAUACUCUUUGUUUCUGUCUUUUUGGUUGAGGGUCUCAUGAUGAUUGUUGCAAGCAUUGUCUCCAAUUUCCUGCUAGGCAUAAUCUUCGGCACCGGAAUAUUGGGAUAUGCAUACCAAGGAUUGUUCAAGAACGAGUUUCAAGACCUAACAUUCACCGGCAAUAAUCAAGAUGGAGGAGCUAUGAAAAACAUUAGUGGGGAAGAGAUACUUAGAAACUUGUGGCAAGUGGAAAUUGGUUACUCAAAAUGGAAUGAUGUUGUUAUAUUGAUAGGAAUGGCAGUGACAUACAGCAUUUUGUUCUUGGUGAUCAUCAAGAGCUUUGAGAAAGUGAAGCCUAUUGUUGUGACAGCAAUGAAUAAUUGCCCGCAAGCAAAGUUCAGGUUCACUAAGGUGACUAGACUGGGAGCAAUGGCAUGA